AUGAGAGCCACGUUCUUGACUGCGUCCGCGUCAAAUGGCACGCUCUCACGGCGUUGAUGUCGUCUUCGAUCGAGAGGAUGAGUCUCCACGCGCAGAACUUCUAUUCCUUCUUCUAUCUCCCCGAGAUCCUGAUGGAUUUCGGUACUCAGAUUGAUUCGUUCAUCAUCGUCGUAGAUAUCCGCGCUACCAAAGGAAUGCAGACGGCGUAUGAGGGCUGAAACCCUCUCGAUGGAUGCUUCGACAGAAGCAAGACGAGAAUGUAGAGAAGCAACCAUUAUGGGUAUCACAGCUGUCCACUUUCUGUUAUUAAGAGAAAAAAAAAAAAAAAUGAAUAUCAUGAAUCUUAAAUCUCAAGAAGUUGUGUUGAGGAUGUUGGAAUGUUGACAGACAUACAGUUGGUCUUUCCAUGCAUCACGUGAUACAUCAAAUUCGCUCUUUUGCUGUUGCUGAAGGAAGAACGUUGACGGAUCUUCAGUCUCACGCAGAACAAGCCAUACAACUAACACCAACUGCCAAUUACAUAAAUACAGCAGUAUCUUUUCCAUAUCAUAGCAUUUAUACCACAACCACGAAAUAUUAUAUAGCUGGAAACGAGGAACUCAAAGAACAAAAAAUAAAAAAAACCAAAAGACGAAGGAGAACGAAAAUGUCCCUGCCACUACGAUCAAUAACCUCAUUCCGAACGUCCUUCUCGCCUCUUUCCCCACUUUCUCGGCCAUGCAAAUUGGUUCUCGCCCUUCUACAAACACCAACGACAGCCUCCCCGUCUUCAGCAGCACAUAUAAAAAUCGACGUAAAGCAUUUACCGAAGCACUCGAAGCAGCUCCCUGAGAUGACGGUUGGCUUCCGGAAUGGCAAAGAGGUGAAGCUAGAAGUCGGCAAGCUACGACUUUCGGUAGGGGAUGUUCUGGAGGAAGUUGGGAGAAUAGGGAGACUUAUUGAGAGAGAGGAGAGCUUGAAGGGAUAAGCAUAGCUGAACGAGUGUAGUUAUGGUGUUUGGAAUGUAUAUUAGGUUUUUUUUGUGCAAUUGAUUGUAUGCUUGCAUGGAAGGGAGAUUCGAAAGCCUUG